AGAUAAACUGUUAAACUGUGAUAAUCACCAAUCAAAUCGGAAGAGAAUCGACAACCAUGCUGUUAACGAGCAUCCUAGUGGUCAGUGUGUUGAUCCUACGGACGCCGGAAGUAGAGUCUGGAAACGUGGACGUCACCACAUACGAGCAACAGUGUGCACGUGUCUUUUCUGUUAACUACGAGAUCGUACAUGAUGGAAAGUGUAAACCGUGUGUUUGUCCGACUGAUGACAAAGUCGUGUGUGGAACCGACGGAAAUACCUACGGGAAUGUUUGUGUUGCUCGAUGUCGAGGUGUUCAGGUUGACUGCGAAGGGAAAUGUCCAUGUAAAAAGCAGUGUAAAUGUGGCAAAAAGAUCCGCCAUGUGUGUGGAAAAGAUGGAUUUACAUACGAUCAUAAGUGUCUAGCAAAAUGCGCAGGAACGUCGGUAGCUUGUCAAGGAACCUGCCCUUGUGUUGGGAUGUGUGUUUGUCCAAGAAAUUACAAGCCAAUCUGUGGGAAGGACGGCAAAGUUUACGGGAACGGAUGCUUAGCGAAAUGCGCAGGGACACAGAAGCAAUGUAAGGGGACAUGCCCCUGUAAGCCGAAGUGCAAAUGUACCAAGGAAAUCAACACAGUCUGUGGCGAGGACGGUAAAGAGUAUGGCAACAGCUGUUUAGCAGAGUGCGCAGGUGUGCCGGUCUCGUGCGGAGGUAAAUGUCCAUGUUCGUGUACAAGUGUAUGUCCAGAAUUAUACGCCCCAGUUUGUGGAGAGGACGAAAAGACCUACUCAAACGAGUGUACCGCCAACUGUCAGAACGUGUUGGUUCAAUGUAAAGGAGAGUGUCCAUGCAGUCCACAAUGCACCUGUCCAGCUGUCUUUGAGCCCGUAUGUGGCAUUGACGGCAAUACGUACAGCAAUGAAUGUCAGGCUCAGUGCAGGUAG